GCAGCGCCCUCGCUUCCACAGUAUGGCCGGCGACAUUAGCUAGCGCUCGCUCUACUCUCUCUAACGGGGAAACAGCGGACUACAAGAGACUGAACUGUAUCUGCCUCUAUUUCCAACAGACUCACGUUCAACUUUCGCUCACAAAAAAAAAAAAAAAGCCGGGAAAAUUUUAUUAAUCCUUUUUUUAAAAAAAAAAGUUAAUAUAAAAUUAUAGCAAAAAAAAAGGAACCUGAACUUUAGUAACACAGCUGGAACAAUCCGCAGCGGCGGCGGCGGCGGGAGAAGAGAUUUAAUUUAGUUGAUUUUCUGUGGUUGUUGGUUGUUCGCUAGUCUCACGGUGAUGGAAGCUGCACAUUUUUUCGAAGGGACCGAGAAGCUGCUGGAGGUUUGGUUCUCCAGGCAGCAGCCCGACGCAAAUCAAGGAUCUGGAGAUCUUCGCACCAUCCCCAGAUCUGAGUGGGACAUACUUCUGAAGGAUGUGCAAUGUUCAAUCAUAAGUGUGACAAAAACUGACAAGCAGGAAGCUUAUGUACUCAGUGAGAGUAGCAUGUUUGUCUCCAAGAGACGUUUCAUUUUGAAGACAUGUGGUACCACCCUCUUGCUGAAAGCACUGGUUCCCCUGUUGAAACUUGCUAGGGAUUACAGUGGGUUUGAUUCGAUUCAAAGCUUCUUUUAUUCUCGUAAGAAUUUCAUGAAGCCUUCUCACCAAGGGUACCCACACCGGAAUUUCCAGGAAGAAAUAGAGUUUCUUAAUGCAAUUUUCCCAAAUGGAGCAGCAUAUUGUAUGGGACGUAUGAAUUCUGACUGUUGGUACUUGUAUACUUUGGAUUUCCCAGAGACUCGGGUAAUCAGUCAGCCAGAUCAAACCCUGGAAAUUCUGAUGAGUGAGCUUGACCCAGCAGUUAUGGACCAGUUCUACAUGAAAGAUGGUGUUACUGCAAAGGAUGUCACUCGUGAGAGUGGAAUUCGUGACCUGAUACCAGGUUCUGUCAUUGAUGCCACACUUUUCAAUCCUUGUGGGUAUUCGAUGAAUGGAAUGAAAUCGGAUGGAACUUAUUGGACUAUUCACAUCACUCCAGAACCAGAAUUUUCUUAUGUUAGCUUUGAAACAAACUUAAGUCAGACCUCCUAUGAUGACCUGAUCAGGAAAGUUGUGGAAGUCUUCAAGCCAGGAAAAUUUGUGACCACCCUGUUUGUAAAUCAGAGUUCUAAAUGUCGCACAGUGCUUUCUUCACCCCAGAAGAUUGAAGGCUUUAAACGUCUUGAUUGCCAGAGCGCUAUGUUCAAUGAUUACAAUUUUGUUUUUACCAGUUUUGCUAAGAAGCAGCAACAACAGCAAAGUUGAUUAAUAAAAAUGAAGAAAAAACGCAAAAAGAGAACACACAUAGAAGGAGGUGGUGGCUGCUUUUUAGAUAUUGAUAUCGGGGGCCAUGCUUUCCAUAACCACCACCUUGUAGCUGCAGAAAGCCCUAGGUGUAAUGAUAGUGUAAUCAUUUUGAAUUGUAUGCAUUAUUAUAUCAAGGAGUUAGAUAUCUUGCAUGAAUGCUCUCUUCUGUGUUUAGGUAUCCUAUGCCACUCUUGCUGUGAAAUUGAAGUGCAUGUAGAAAAAACCUUUUACUAUAUGAAACUUUACAACACUUGUGAAAACAAUUCAAUUUGGUUUAUGCACAGUGUAAUAUUUCUCCAGGUAUCAUCCAAAAUUCCCCACAGACAAGGCUUUCGUCCUCAUUAGGUGUUGGCCUCAGCCUAAUCAUCUGGGACUGUUCUAUUAAAUUGCUGCCAGGAUUUUACAUCCAGUUACCUCCACUUUCUAGAACAUAUUCUCUACUAAUGUUACUGAAACCAGUUUCUACUUCAUACAGAUGUUUUUUGCAACAGCAAUUAAAGUUUAUCUUACACGAGUCAAGUCCUCUUAAGAAAAUGAUUGCAGUUAUCCAUUUUGUGUAUUACUAUUUUAACAUUAUUGCUUCCUGUACCUGUACUUUAAUUGAUUUUGUUUCUCACCAUGGUGUCUUGCCUCCCAACCUCCCCCAAUAAAGCAAUACACUGUUACACUGUGGGUUUAUACUAAUCUUACACCUGGGAGGGGGAAGGGAGAGUGGACCCUGGGCUUAAUCUUCUUUUUAAGGUCAAGGCCUCCUUUUAUAUUAACAUGGGCUCUUUUGGGAGAUAGUAACAAAAAUAAACCUGUUGUUGAUUAGCAAGGAAGCCACAUACAUUUAUAUUAGGGUAUACUGGCAGAACUGUUCUAGAAACUAUGCCAUUCUGUGUUCCCAUUAAAUGAGAUUAGCUUCUCGUGAGUACCAUGCCUUUAGUAAUUUGCUAAGUAGGUAUAUAAAAUUUUUUAUCACUUAAGUUUGUUAGCAAGGAAAUUAAGAUAAAGGUGGUAUUUCUACAGGAUUUAAUAAGUCAGCUCAGAUGAUUCACCCUAACUUUUACUAUAGCAGCUAUCUCCAAUCAUUUUCAUUCAUAAUAUACAUAAACUUUGGUUGAAAAUGGAGUCUUUCUUUGUCAUCUUGUGACUUAAAAGUUCUUUGACCUUGUAGUGUGCAUUAUGAUAGUGUUCUGACUUGAACUGCUUUUCUUCUUGGUGUUCCUUUCACCAUGAUUUCAUAGCAUCAAGUGAAACUUCCCAGAAUGAGAACUGUUCAGGUUAUUCAGUCAUACACGGUGAAGCAGAAUGCUAUCCAUAAGACAAAAUUCCAAACUGGUCAGUGGGAAAUAACUAGAAAUACAGGCUUUGAGGAGUUGGCAUCUUUUAGCUAUAUUUGCAAAUAUGAGAUUUAAGCAGCUGAGAAAACAAAGUUGACUAAAUUUUUUAUAUUCUUGUCCUCACAAAAUUUUUUUGAUUCUUUCUGGAUUGAUGCAGUUAUGUUUUUGUUCCUUCCGUAUUUAUAAAUGAAACACUUUUCUUUAGUGUUUCUAAACAUAAAAUCUACUUGGUUUGAAAUCAAGUGGUUGGAACACAAAUUUUGACUUUUAUUUUAAGCAUGUCGAUUCGAAGUUUCAUUGAAGAAACUUUCAGUCAGUGGAUCAGUUUGAUUCUGUAAUUACCACACAGUACCUAAUGUUUCAGCACUGUUUUGAGGACCAAUGCUCAAAGUGGAUUUUGUUCUUGAACAGUAUCCCAGUAGAUUUGAUGACAUUUGUUGGCUUGAGGUCUGAUUUUUUUUUUCCUAAUAGAUUUAAGAUUUCUAUCUAAUGUUGAAAAACUGCACAAAUUUGUAUGGAAUAAAGCCUAGAAAAAUUAAAAUUAUAGAUUAAAUAGUAAUCAAAAUUAAUCCUAGUAUAUAUGAUAGAGGAGGGAAAAUUGUGGUGCCAUUAUUUCUCUCUUCAUGGUGUUGGACUUAAAUCAGUUGAAAUGUAUUUCUGUACCACACUUUAAGCUUCAAUAAAAGUUUGCUUAAUUCAUUGUCCAGUGACAA